GGCGCGGGGGCCGCUCCGCCGCCCGCCGCGUAAACAAGGGCCCGGCGGGGAUGCGGCGGGGUCGGGGCGGCCGCGGCUGAGGGGCGCAGCCUUCCGGAGGUGUUUCCUCGUCCUCCCCCCGCCGGACGGGGGUGGCGAGGGCCGUCCCGCCAUGAACUUGGCCGGGCAGAGCGGCGACGCCGGCAGCGGCCAUCUGCUCUUCGCCAACUUCAACCAGGACAACACAUCCCUUGCAGUUGGCAGUAAAUCAGGCUACAAAUUCUUCUCUCUCUCUUCUGUGGACAAAUUAGAGCAGAUCUAUGAAUGCACUGACACAGAAGAUGUGUGCAUUGUGGAGAGGCUCUUCUCCAGCAGUCUGGUGGCCAUAGUUAGCCUUAAAGCUCCACGCAAGCUGAAAGUUUGUCACUUUAAGAAGGGGACAGAGAUUUGCAACUACAGUUACUCCAACACCAUCUUGGCUGUCAAACUCAACAGACAGAGGCUGAUAGUAUGUCUGGAAGAGUCUCUUUAUAUACACAACAUACGAGACAUGAAGGUAUUACAUACAAUCAGGGAGACACCUCCCAAUCCUGCAGGGUUGUGUGCUUUGUCAAUAAACAAUGAUAAUUGCUACCUGGCCUAUCCAGGAAGUGCAACUAUUGGAGAAGUACAAGUCUUUGACACUAUCAAUCUGAGAGCUGCCAAUAUGAUCCCAGCUCAUGAUAGUCCCUUGGCUGCUUUGGCAUUUGAUGCAAGUGGUACUAAACUUGCCACAGCCUCAGAAAAGGGGACAGUAAUAAGAGUGUUUUCCAUUCCAGAGGGACAGAAACUCUUUGAAUUCCGAAGGGGAGUGAAGAGGUGUGUGAGCAUCUGUUCAUUGGCUUUCAGCAUGGAUGGCAUGUUUCUGUCUGCAUCCAGUAACACGGAGACGGUGCAUAUCUUCAAACUUGAGACUGUGAAAGAAAAACCUCAGGAAGAGCCUACAACCUGGACAGGUUACUUUGGAAAAGUGCUGAUGGCCUCAACGAGCUAUCUGCCCUCUCAAGUAACAGAGAUGUUCAACCAGGGCAGAGCCUUUGCUACAGUCAGGCUGCCCUUCUGUGGGCACAAAAACAUCUGUGCACUUGCCACAAUCCAGAAGAUCCCUCGUUUGCUGGUGGGAGCUGCUGAUGGGUAUCUGUACAUGUACAACUUAGACCCCCAGGAAGGAGGCGAGUGCACACUAAUGAAGCAGCACAAGCUCGAUGGCAGCAUGGAGCCCGCCAAUGAAAUUCUGGAGUCUGCAUCCCACGACCGGCCGUUGGUAGCGCAGACAUACAGUGCUGCUGUGACUAAAGGUACAUAUGUGCCUUCCUCACCCACCAGGCAUGCCUAUACUGAUGAACUGGGUGCUGUGGGUGGAACUUGCCUGGAAGAUGAAACCAACUCCCUUAGAUUGGACGAAGACAGUGAGCAUCCCCCCAUGAUCCUUCGGACAGACUGAACUUGGACCUGUGAACUCACUCCUGAAGCAGAGAACACUGGCUUGAUGUUUCUUGAGGAAUCUCGUGUUAUGCUGCUAUGAACUUUGACAUGAGUUGGGAGAGAGGAUGACAGACUCUUACAGUUUUAAGUCGUAGCUGUAGUUCUAAUUCUAUACAAUUGGAAAAAUAUAUGGUUUUCAAUUCAGUGGCUUUUAAUCUUGCUUAUCUAUUUUAGCUGUGUUUAUUUUUUUUGUUGCCAAAACCUGCUGUUUGUGCAGCCCUCAGAGCCUACUUAGCUUUGCAUGCAUUCAUGUGCCAAGCAAGCAUAGGAGGGGGAGAGAGAGAGAAGCCACUUUAUAACAAACUCAAGUUUGUAUUUUUUUUAUAUAUGUAUAUAAUAUUUAGCCUAUAUAAGGAAGGAGUAGAGAAGUGGUUCUGGAAGCUGAGACUAGUUCUGCACUGACAAAGGUCCAAAUGGUUUCCUGUGCAUGGGCUUGCAGGCAUACCUAGUGACUGACAUGCAACCUUUCAAAUGCAAUGGCCUGGUUUUUUUUUGGGUUCUCCCUUCCCUUUCCUGGACCAUUUUGUUAAUUAAAAUUCCUUCUGAAUGUUGUGUA